CCCCCCACCCCGUUUGCCGUUUAAUUACGAGCUGCCCGGCCCGGCCGCUAGCCCCGGUGUGUGGGGGUGGCGGGGAGUUCCCUCCGCGGCACCCGCGUUCCCGUACCUCGCGCACAGCCCGCCGGCCGCCAUCUUCGUUCCCCUCUCACGUGACCCGUUAUCCGCUGUACCGGCCGGCGCCAGCAUCACGUGACGGGGACCCGCUCUUUCCUCGGCCCCCCCAUCAUGUGACAGACACCGGCAGCAAGAUGGCGCCGUCCAGUGAGGCGUUGCAGUAGGAUGAAAGUGAACUUUUACUAAUGGACCAAGGACUGUAUUGAAAAUUUUGGAAUCUGACAGUUGUAAAGAUUCUGAAAUCACAGGAUGCCGCUGACUGGAACCAUGUUAAACAAGCCAGUGCUUUUGGAAUCCCUGAUUGUGUUCAUCAUUGUGUUGUGUGUGCACACAGUAGUUUGGGACCGGUAUUCCUGGUGUGUUAUUGCUCUUGCUAUUCAGGCUUUUUAUGUCCAAUUUAAAUGGGACCGUCUACUCCGACUGGGUGGGGCCGUAUUCCAGUUUCGGACGACAGCUAACAGUGGCCUACUACCAGCUAGUAUGGUCAUCCCACUCCUGGGGAUUGUGAUGAAGGAGAGAUGCAAGGCUGCUGGCAUUGUGUACUUUGAACGUUUUGGCAUAGUUGUGGCCUCCACAGGCAUGGUGCUAGCCCUCUUCCUAUCUGUAAUAGCAGUUGGCAUCACAAGGCCUGUGCCAACUAACACCUGCAUACUUUCAGGCAUUGCUGGCAGUAUAAUCCUCUAUACCAUGAAGUAUUCUUUAACUGUUUCUGAAGUGAUAGAGGUUCUGGAAGUGCUGCUUAUUUUUGUCUACCUCAGUAUGAUCUUGCUCUAUCUGUUGCCUCGAUGUUUUACUCCUGGGGAAGCAUUACUAGUCCUUGGAGGUAUAAGUUUCAUCCUCAAACAGCUCAUUAAACGCUCACUGAACGUGAUAGAGGGCAGAGGGGAUCCUGUAGACUUCGUCCUUCUAGUGGCAGUGGCUGGGGUGGUCCUUCUUGGAAUUUUCUUCACUGCUCUCUUCUUCUUCAUGGAUUCAGGAACUUGGACAUCCUCCAUGUUUUUCCACAUGAUGACAGCAGUGCUGGGACUGGGGGUCCUCAUGCCUUGGCUUUACCAUCUGAUUCGAAGGAAUCCCUUGGUCUGGCUGCUCCAGUUUCUGGUUCAGACACAGACAAGAGUUUACCUCCUUGUGUACUGGACCCUGUUGGCUGCCUCUGCAUGCAUGGUGGUUCUUUACCAGAAUUCCAAGAGAUCAUCUGAAUCUAAAAAGCACCAGGCUUCAACCAUAACCAGAAAAUACUUCCAUUUCAUCAUGGUGGCUACUUACAUCCCUGGCCUAAUUUAUGACCACCAGCUUCUCUACAUUGCUGCAGUGCUGUGUCUGGUAGUGUUUAUCCUUUUAGAGUACAUACGAUACUUCAGGAUCAAGCCAUUUGGCCAAACACUCAGGCACUUGCUCACUCUCUUCUUGGAUGAACGAGAUAGUGGACCUCUGAUCUUGACUCACAUUUACCUACUUGUUGGGAUGUCCCUUCCAGUGUGGUUGUUCCCCAGGCCUUGUGCUCCGAAAGGUACCCUGCCUGGGGCAGGAGCAUUGGUUCCCUACUCUGGGGUACUGGCAGUAGGGGUGGGAGACACAAUAGCCUCAAUUUUUGGCAGUACAAUAGGGGAAAUCAAAUGGCCGGGGACAAAGAAGACGUUUGAAGGGACAAUGACUGCCAUCUUUGCUCAGAUCAUUGCUGUGGCUCUUAUUCUGAUCUUUGAUGGCAGAGUGAACCUGAACACCAGCUAUGCCUGGAUUUUGGGAUCCAUCAGCUUAGUUUCCCUUUUGGAAGCCUACACUACCCAAAUAGACAAUCUGCUCUUACCUCUCUACCUCCAGAUACUGCUCAUGGCUUAGAGACAUUGCCAGGAACAGAGACUUUCUUUCUAGCUAGGGGUGAUAAUGAGCCAUGCAUCCCUGUUGAGAGCUCAGUUGAGCCAGUUUGGUAUAGCAGGUAGAACAGCUAAUGACAGAAAGGAAAUAGUUCUUCAACUCUUAAUUUACAAUAAAAGUAAAGGCUUCUGUUUGUUUUUUGUUUAUUAUUUAAUAGCUAAAGCAGCACUAACUGUUGCAUCCUCUCAGAGGAGUAACAGGAAACCAUCCACGUGAUACUGUGAUUCGUAUAGCUGGUGAUGCUGAAUUAGAUAUACAGUCAUAGUGAUUUUGUUUCCAGGUCUCUUCUGGAUGCACUGAAGCAGAAGGGGUGAGAAAGAUGAGUUCACUAGAAGGGAAAAGACGGGGUCAUUACAUUUUCCUGGUUUUGCUACCUUAGAAGUUUGAAAUAGACACGGUUCACCAGAUGUAUGUAGUGGUGUUGUAGCCAUAUUGGUCCCAGGAUGUUAGAGAGACAAGGUGAGUGAGGUAAUAUCAUUUAUUGGGCCAACUUCUGUUGGUGAGAGAGACAAGCUUUCGAGCUACACAGAGCUCUUCUUCUGGUGACCUCAACAAGAGCUCCUCGUAGCUCCAAAGCUUGUCUCUCUCACCAACAGAAGUUGGUCCAAUAAAUAUUACCUCACCCACCUUGUCUCUCUGUUCACCAGCGCAGGCUCCUACAAAGCUUGUGCACUGUAUUAGUUUGCCACUGGGUUGGGUCCUGGCAUCUUGUAUUAUUGCCCAUGUGAAUUCUGCCUCUUUCAAUAAAAGCAUGCUGUUGCAGUGAGGGUGUGCACCACCUGCACCAUAGCAUCAAGUUGUAUGAAGACUGCCACGUCAUCUCUCAUUUCCUGUUACAAAAUUAGAAGACCUCUGCCAACUAGACUGAAAACAGCACUAAUGCUUAUUCUGUUUAAAAUAAUUUCAAAUACAGAGAAUGUCAAACGUAGUUUAUUGGAGGAGCAUGGAUAGAUAGGCUUGCAGAGUGAAAACAAUAGCCUUUGUGGCUAAAAUUUUGAUUUACUUGCCAGUUCUCUGGAAUAAACCAAGUUCUGCCUUUUUCAUGCUCUCGAUCUCUUGAAAUUACAUUGAACAAAACUUGCUUUAUAUGUGAUUUAAAAAAGAAAAGCUACAUUAAAAAAUUAAUCUCCAUUGAAGAGAGUCCCAUUUCCAGAUACAAUUUAAAGAGAGAUUAGGUUAAAACAUUUAAAAUCCUUUCCUGUAUUACUUGUAACACAUUAGAUUAUUAAAACAAAAUAUUUUAACAAUCCAGUGUGCUUCUCUGCUACUCAUACAGUUUGAUUUACUUCUUGCAUUUCUAUCAGCUUGAACAAAAAAAAUCACUGAAGUCAGUUUCACAGCUGUUUAUAGUAAGUAAUGUUCUAGUUUUCAUAAAUGUACUAGUACAGGCUGCAGUGUUUGGUUUGUAAAUCAUUAGGAGGGUUGAGGGGGUGCAUUUAAAUCUGGACAAAUGGUUUUCAUUAAAAAUCAUCCAUGACAGUAUUUCUAUUAAAAUGUAAAUUGAGGAGCAAAGCUACCUGCUGCUGCCCCUUUAAUUAGGAUCAUAACUCAGUACAAUCGAAACAAUUCACUGUUUAUAGCCAAAAAAACUUUCCAUUUCUGUAUAUUUAAUCCUUUGAAACAUUUCUACUUCUAGGAAUCCUCUCUCAUUAGCAUGCAAAACUUUCAUUAGGACCAGAUUAAAAUGAUUUGUAUCCUGCCUCUUCCACCCUCCCAUGGAGUACCUGGUAGGGUAUUUGCUUGCAAGAAUUCUUGUCCAGGGAAGUUGAUUCUGGUCCCUACUACAGCAUCUUUGACAUUUCUGCUAUGUAAAGGGGCCACAGCGGUUCCCUGGGGCACAACCCCAGCCCUAGGGCAACAUAGGGGCAAACUAGGCAGCUUAGCACCAUCCUGUGCAGCCCCAAGUUUGGGACUGGGAGUGCAUUGGUGUUAGCAGGAGGACUGGCCAGAGAGCACUGUGUGCUCUGGUUAUUCUCUGCAGCAGAGUCAGACCACCUCCAACCAUUCUGGAUUGCACUGGCCCCUGGAACAACCGAGAGAGUAUCACACUUGCCCACCCUCCUCCAACCCUUUUGGCCUUCUCUUUCUGGGCCCUGGCUCCUGAGACACACAUUACAGAAUCUCUCCUAGGACUUUUAAGAACGGUUAGAAAAUGACUGUGAUUAACAGAGCAAUAGGCUGUGAGGCACUGCUCCAAGGAAACAGCCCUGGAGAGAUGGAUGGUGCAAGAGUACAGUGACCCUUAGCAACAGUGAAUCCAACAUGCUGCACAGCUUAGUAAUUCUCACAUUCUUGCAAGACCGACCGAGUAGGACAUUGUCUACAUCUGUCUUCAAAUCACAUUGAGCAGAGCACAGAAGGGAAAGGUGAGAUGAACCAACUUUCUUACCAGGAAAAUGCUACUUUAAAAAAAAUUAAUUAGAAAGGUGGGGUCUUUUUCCCACAAGAACUAAGAAAAAGCCUUAGCUACCACCCAUCUGGUGUUCUGUACUUGGUAACAGAGCAUUCAGGUGGAAGGUUGAUAUAACACUAAAGCCAUAAAACAAAGCACCAGAACUGAAGGUUACUCUGUCCCCUGCUUAUUGACAUCAAAACAAGGUCUGAAAAAGGUAGGAAAGAUCAGACUCUUGUUUCUAAUAGAAGUCUUGGUGAAUCUGAGCACGACUACCACUGUUAUCCCUACCCAGCCUAUUCAUUCCUGCUACUGCAGUGAUUUCAAAUGCAUCAAAAAAUCCUGUUUGACCUACAGAACCUGUUUUAGCUGCUCAGUUUAAAACUGGCACUCUUGUUCCACCCAGCAAAGUCCCAGCCAUUACUUAAGAGCAGUUUUUACCAUAAAUAAACUCAAGAAUUUAAUCUAUUUCUUCAUUGCAAUGGGUGUUUGAGACAAAUACCAGAGGUAGGCAUCAUGCUUAGAAAAAAAUAAUGUAGCAAUAAUGCUUGGAGCUGUGUGUGGCAGAAAUCUAUUUCUAACCUGCUUUAAUCUGAUACAGAGCCUGAGACAACAGGAUGUCUUGGGUCAUUCAGUCCAUUCCUCCUGCAACAAUGCAAAAUCAUCUGCACUAUUUUGUUUUCAUCUAGUCUAUGAACAUCAUUGAGAAUGUCUGUUCUGUUGGCAGCUGAUUCUAUUCAAGUGACCUCUUAGAAACUAUCUCAAGUUCUUCUGUGUAUUUUCCCAAGUAUAUUAAAUAUCAGUCCAGAGAUGUAUAUAUUUUGCAUAGAGACCCCAUAUAGUCAGGUACAGCUGUCUCCUUUUUUUUUUUUUUUUUUAAGGUAGAUAGCUUUCACCAACUGGAAAUGGUAAUGUUAGUGCUAUUUAAAAUAAGCAAAACAUCUAGUUUACAUUUAAGAUAAAGGCUUAAAAUUAAUUUCUAUAGAUGACUUUAAAACUUUUAAAUCAAGUUGAAAUGCUGAAGAUACUGCUGGGCUGUAUGCAUUAAUUUUAGCAAUAAAACCCUUGAUGUUAAGGGUUUAAACUGAUCCACAAUAUAUGCUCUUGCAAUUUCUCUGAACACAAAAUUCACCCAUGGAGACUAAUUAUUAAUAAAAUGUACUAUUGCUACUCAAUCUUUUUUCCUGUUUUUGUUAUAUUUGCAUAUAUGUUUCUAGAGCUCCUGCUGCCUACAUAAUCCCAUUUAUAAUGUUGCCACCAGUUUUAUCCACAUUCCAAUCCCCCCUUCCUCUAGUCUGCACAUUGCUUCUAUUGUCUCAAUGUUUGAUAGCUCAGCUUUAAAACAUAAAACUGAUAUUACGCAUUCAAAGGAUAAUAAAUAGGAGGGAAUAUUGUUUAGAGAGUACAGCAUGAGAAUCAGGACUCCAGGGGUUUUGUUCCCAAGUCUGCUGUGUGAUCUGGGGUAAGUCACUUAAAGCUAAAUAGUGAAGCCCUUGUACAUGUUAGUGAGCACUUACUCAAGUAAUUGAGACUGCUCCCAUGAGUAAGGGCUCCACAAUCAGACCUACUCCUGCUUUGUGCCUCAGUUUACCCAUCUGUAAAACUAGGAUAAUACCUCCAAGAGGUGUUGUAAAGAUUCAUUAUUUAGUGUCUGUAAAGCAUUCAGAUCUGUGGUGGGAAAGUACUGGAUAAGUGUGAAGUAUUAUUGUUCCCUGUCACAGUGAAUUCAAUAACUAUGAAGUAAACUACUUGAGCAUCCCUGUAAUAAGCUAUGAAGUUGGCUUUUGGGGGUAUGUCAAUUAUAUAAUAUACGGUGACAUGAAAAUUUAUGAAGCAUAUUUCCAGUCUUGUGUAUGGAUACUUCAGAGUAGCUGUUCUCUCUGUAUAUAUUAAACAAAAUACAUAACUCCAUCCUUUGUUAUUUGUUAUAAAAUAUAUUC